GCAACCGUUAACCAUAUCAUAUCAAAAGUAGACCGCUGCGCACUUACCCACUGCAACGAUAUUCAACGGGCGACCACCCAGCUUCGCACAGACCCAAAAUGCUUCGUGCCUGACGUCCUUGCGUCCUUCCGUUUUGCUUCAUAGUUAGCAUAAUAUAGAAAAAUGUUCAAGAAGCUGUUUGGGCAAAAGCCUGCUGCUAGCACAGUUCCCCAAUCUUCGGCAAAUGCAGCGACAAAGACUAUCUCCGCUAUCCAGAACUUAACUGAGCAUGAGGAAUCCCUUGAGAAGCGGAAAGCUCUUCUGGAGAAGCGCGUGGAGGCGGAGCUAGAGAAGGCCAAGGAGUUUACCCGUCUUAAGAAGAAGCCCCAAGCGCUACAAUGCCUUAAAAAGAAGAAGCUCCUGGAGAACGAGAUUAGCAACCUCGACAAUAUGAUUAUGCGCGUCAACGAGCAACGGAUGAUGCUUGAGGGUCAGCGCACGACGACCGAGGUUGUGGCAUCGAUGCACACCGCCGCGCUGGCCGCCAAGGACAACAUGAAGGCUAUGAAGAUUGAGAACGUUGACAAGGUCCUCGACGAGAUUAACGAGACAACGGACCAGAUGCGUCAGCUCAACGAGGUCUUUGCCAAUCCGCUAGGGCUUGGCACGGACCUGGACGACGACGAGCUCAUGGGCGAGCUCGAGGAGAUCGAGGCGUCUGAGCUCGACAAGGAGCUGCUGCAGCCGGCGCCUGUACCGGCAACCAAGGCGCCGGCAGCAGCAGCAGCAUCGCCCGACAAGCUGCCAUCGGUGCCGCAGAAGCAGAAGCAGCAGCCCGCCAAGACCCAGGAGGAGUUGGAACUGGAGGCCCUGCAGGCAGAGAUGGCACUGUAGGUGGCGCAGAGGUGUGGCGAUUGGGGAGCAGCUGCAGUGGGCAGGAUGCGCGUGGGUGUACGGUCUUAACAGGAGGGUAGGGGCCGAGAUAGUGUGCUGGCGUUCACGCUGAGAGCUCGGGAGGAGGAUGAAUGGCUUGGGCACCGAUGCCUGGAAGAGAGAGACAAGAGAGGAUGCGGCGGUUUUUACAGUUGCAUACGCAGCGCCGAGUAGCAGUUUAGAAUUGUAGCUGGUGGGUGGAUGGGGUGAGAGGACAGCGCCAUGCAGUGCUGUUGUUGAGGAAUUGCUGGGGGAAGCAUUUUGCCAGUUCACGUACUGCGUUUGCAUGAGUUGGGGCUUUAGGAGACAGGACAGCUGCUAGCGUCUAUCUGAGCGCGUCCCGCGGGUCAGCCGUACGGUACCAUGCGGGAUGUACGGCAGUCAUGCACGUUCAAGCUCAUGCUUUAGCUUUGGCCCCGCAUGAAAGAAGUACGGGACUGCGGUGGUAGAGGAAAGGGGAAGAAAGCACAUGGGUUGCUGCAGCAGAGUGCAAGCUGGUGUUGCGCGGUGUUUGGCCUGUGGGAUUACAUGCAGGCUAUGGCGUUAGGAGUAGUAGGGUUCCGGAAGAGACCUUCGCUAGUUGCUACGUAGGUCUUGGGCACACAUGCCCUGUCCCAAGCUGUACAGAAACUGUUGUUGCCGCGUAUGCGGGCUUUGUUGGCUUUCUCAGAACUCCAAGGCCACAUCUCAACUAGAAUGCCAGGUAGUAGGACUUGGACCAUCACCAAAGGUGGGCAUGCGGAGGGUUUGCUGUGGUUGGCAGUUGCAGUUCGUAGGAGGCGAUGGAGCAACUUUGCGCACGCGCGCAGCAACCAAGUGGCUGAAGAUAGAACCGUUGCUAUUAAGCCUUUCCCUGUUCCUUACGUUUGAAGCUGGGUAGCUAGUACCGGCCGGUGCCGUAGCUGCUGCUGCUGUCCGGCAAAUCUAGUCGCAAUCACUGGGCAGCACACAAAGGCAACAGAACGGAGGCUUGUUGAAGCAGAAGUCCCAGCGAAAUACAUUAUGGACAAUUCACUUACGCUUGACGACGCGCUAGCUUUGCUGCCUGAAGAUGUCCGCGAACUUGUCGCGGCAUUGCCUCCUGAAGAAGCCAGGAGCGAACAACUGGCAGCUGCGAGUAUGGCUUUAAGGCUGUCGACGUUGACAUAACCUGGGAGGAGCUCUGCAGGCCAAAUUACAUCGCAUUGGGCGCCUUCGCCCGUCAGCCGCAGCAGGAUGAACAGCACUUAGAGGAGCCGCAGCAACAUGGGCAGCAAGGGGAUGCUGGCGGCGGCGACACUGGCGGCGGUGGUGUCCAGGAGGUGCCGGUGGCUUUCCUGGUAGGCGAGCUGUGCAGCAGCAGCAACGUGGGGCAGGUGGGGCCGCUGCGGGUCACCCCCUCCGAGCUGCGAGCCGCCAUGCGCGCCAGCGGCUGCGGCAGUGGGCGGGGGCAGCAGCAGCCGCAGCAGUUGGCGGUUGCGGUGUGGUACCUGGGUGUGUCGUACGAGUACCGCCGGCAGGGGCUGGGCAGCCGGCUGCUGGAGCUGGCAGGGGAGGUGGGGCGGCAGGCGGGCGCCCGGGCCAUGUGGCUGCACGUGGCGGACUACAACCCCGGUGCCGCGGCCUUUUAUUCCCGCUUCGGUUUCACGCCCGGCCCUGGAGUCUUCAAGCAGGGCGAGCGGGGCCGACACAACCUCAUGGUGAUGCCUCUGGAUCAGCGGCCGGAGGAGAAGGAUGAGGAGGCAACACCCGAGGAGGCGACCCGCUCGCAGCAGCAGGAAGCCGGGGACAUGCGGGAGGCCGUGGCUGACGGCUCUGAAAGAGGGACCCAUGGGUCGGCGGCAGCCAGCACACAGCCAGGUCGAGGGGCAGGAGGCAGGGGGUUUGCAAGCGGAGGUGGUGCCGGCGGUGGGGCUGGUGGGACGGGGAACCGGGGGAGGAAGCAGCAGGGCAAACAGGGC